AUGAAAGAAGCGCGGCCCCAUAUCAAUUUUCUACGAGGUUGGAUCACUCACGAGCUACUUCCACGCCAAGAGAUCAUCGCUGCAACGACAUCACUUCUCACUCCAGAGACUAGAGAAUACGACAAUGACUUGCUGAAUAACCACCCGCUAGUUUACGGGUCUGACGCGGGGUCUGAGUGGGUCCGAAAGGCGAUUUGCAAGUUUACGAACAAAGCGUUUCAUUUGGAAAACGAUCAUAAGAUGGCGAGUCGUCCCGAAUACAUAAAUCUCACGUCUGGAGCAUCCUACGGAAUGCUGAAUCUGCUGUUGCAAACAACACUUCCACACACGGGGUACACUAGACAGGCAUUUGUUGUGUCGCCAACGUAUUUCUUGAUUAAUGAGGCGUUCAUCGACGCUGGCUUCCGCAACAAGAUCACAGCGAUCCGCGAAAAAGAAGAUGGCUUAGACCUAGAGACGCUCACGAGUCAUUUGGAGCACUACAACGAGCUCUACAAGAACGAAGACCAUCGCCAUGACCCGCAAGUGAUAAACUCGCCAAACGGGAAACCCAAGAAACUUUAUCGUUACGUGAUAUACAUGAUUCCCACGCAUUCUAACCCAAGUGGUAAGACCUAUUCUGUAGAUUUCAGAAUGAAACUCAUCGAGCUUGCUCGCAAACACGACAUGCUGAUCAUCACCGAUGACGUCUACGAUAUGCUGGACUACGAGCAGCCCGCAGACGAAACACCGCAUCCGACUCUGAGAUUCACGCAUCUGGACAGAUCCUUGUUCCCGGGGUCUGGCCAGGAUUACGGUAACACCGUUGUCAACACCACUUUCUCGAAACUGGUGGCUCCCGGUCUGCGGUUCGGGUACCAGGAAACCGCCAAUGCGAAUCUGGCGACCCAAUUGUCCGCCGGCGGAGCAAACAAGUCUGGAGGCACGCCAUCUCAGCUCAACUCCAUGAUUGUCGGGACAUUGAUCGAAAAUGGCGAGUGUGGCAAGCUCAUUAAACAGACACGCACCAUUCUCAGUGAAAGAUGCCAAGUUCUGUAUGACAGUAUCAAGAAGCACCUUCCUCGCAAAACCGAAUACAAGCUUCAAAAAGGUGGGUACUUUUCGUGGUGUACACUUCCUGAGGGCUACGAUUCCAAGGAAAUAUGCAACAUUUUGGCAAACGAGCACAACAUAUCGAUUCCAGACGGUUCGCGGUUCGAGGUCGUCGACAAUCCAAUGCAUUGGGAAAAAAGAAGUGUUAGACUGAGUGUUAGUUACCUGAGCAUAACAGAAAUCAAAACUGCCGUUCAAGUGUGGGGUCAAGUGGCUAGAGAGUACGCCCAGAAGCACAAUUUGGAAUUUUGA